AUGGACAUAGGAUUUGAGAACACUGCAGGACCAAACAAUAGGCAGGCAGUUGCGCUUUCAGUCGGCGGCGACCAGUCUGCUUUCCACCGGAAAAACAUCAAAGGCCAACAAAACACACUCACCGCUAGUGGUCGUUUUGCAGAAGACUCGACAGGGUUCUCGUUCGAGUAUUGUAGCAUUGAAACCGAGGAGUCCAAGGCCGAUUACUUUACGGUGGCUAAGUUUAUUGGUGGGAACUCAUGGCUGCCAUCCACCGGUGUCCCAUUUGCACCAGGAUUAUAG